GCUGUGUGUGUGGGGACUAGUCCGCAGCAGCAGCAGCAGCAGAGUUGUCUGAACCAGCAGAGGACACGGUGGACACUAUGGACACGCUACUGACUCCGUCCAUCCUGUUGUUGCUGUUCAGCACGUUUGUCUGGAGUGGAUUCCUCGAAUAUGACCAAGACGUCUUGAUCCCAGACGACUGGACCCGUGCCGGUCGCGUCGAUCCCUCUGAGGAGCUGGAGCUGACCUUUGCCCUGAAGCAGCAGAAUGUCGACGUGCUGGAGGAGAAACUGCGACUGGUGUCAGACCCCGACUCUGCUCAAUACGGUAAAUAUCUCAGCCUGGAGGAAGUGUCCUCCCUGGUGCGUCCGUCUGAAGUGACCCACAAAGCGGUGCGUCACUGGCUCCACAGUCAUGGGAUUACAAACUGCCGGAGUGUUUGCACUCGGGACUUUUUGCAGUGCACCAUGACUGCAGAGGUUGCAGAGAUGUUGCUUCCGGGAAGCAGGUUCCAACGUUACGUCAGAGACGGACGCACCAUAGUGAGGUCUUCAGCGCCGUACUCGGUUCAUGACGAUAUUCACCAGCACCUGGACUUCGUUGGAGGGCUUCACCGUCUCCCUCCCAAAGGACAGGACCAAGUGCGAAAGGACCCUGGAGGAGGAGGAGGAGUGCACAUGGGAGUGACUCCUGCUGUCUUAAGGCAGCGCUAUAACCUGACAAAAGCUGAUGUGGGGACAAGUCAGAGCAACAGCCAGGCCGUAGCUCAGUUCCUGGAGCAGUAUUAUCACCCUGCAGACCUGGUCGAGUUCAUGAUCAUGUACGGCGGAAGCUUCCAGCAUCGGUCUCAGGUGGAUCGAGUGGUCGGCACCCAGGGGGGAGGACGGGCCGGUAUCGAGGCCAGUCUGGACAUUGAGUACAUCAUGAGCACGGGGGCAAACAUCUCCACCUGGGUCUUCACCAAUCCGGGCCGUCAUGAGUCUCAGGAGCCUUUCCUUCAGUGGAUGGUUCUUCUCAGCAACAUGUCCGACCUGCCCUGGGUUCACACCAUCAGUUAUGGCGAUGACGAAGACAGUCUGUCCACUGCCUACAUGAUGCGCAUCAACACGGAGUUCAUGAAGGCCGGCGUCAGAGGAAUCUCUCUGCUCUUUGCUUCUGGUGACAGCGGUGCGAGCUGCAGACAUUUAGGAAAAGAAAACACCUUCAGGCCCAGUUUUCCAGCUUCCAGCCCGUACGUCACCACAGUAGGAGGAACCUCGUUCAAAAAUCCAUUUAAGGUCACAUACGAAGUCACUGAUUACAUCAGCGGAGGAGGAUUUAGCAACGUCUUCAAGAUGCCCGACUACCAGGUCGGUGCAGUGGAAAGUUAUCUGAAGAGUGUGGCGGCGACUCUUCCUCCUCGCUCAUACUUCAACAGCAGCGGCAGAGCUUAUCCGGACAUGGCUGCGCUGUCUGAUAACUACUGGGUGGUCAGCAACAGGGUCCCUGUCCCUUGGGUGUCUGGGACAUCGGCUUCAACCCCUGUGGUCGGAGGCAUUCUGUCGCUCAUCAACGACCGUCGGCUGCUGAAGGGUUUGCCUGCUCUGGGCUUCCUCAACCCUCGCCUUUACAAGCUCAAGGGACAGGCUCUUUUUGACGUGACUGAAGGCUGUCACCUGGGCUGCCUGGAUGAGCAGGUUCAGGGGAAAGGUUUCUGUGCUGUGCCGUCGUGGGAUCCUGUCACAGGCUGGGGGACACCCAACUACCCCGCACUGCUGGCGGCGCUGCAGGCUGAGUGAACACGGGCAAAGACUCCAUGCGGGGUGUAACGAAGGGUUAAUGCUGCCUAUCUCUUUACAUUGAUGCUUCUUUUCUCUUUUUUUCUCCAUUACAAGUUGAAAACAAUUGACCGAAUAUAUACAGUGGGUACGGAAAGUAUUCAGACCCAUUUACAUUUUUCACUCUUUGUUUCAUUGCAGC